AUGACACGAGAUUUACCAGAUCUUUCUCGCACUCGCACUAACGGCUAUAAAAAGUCUGAGAAAGUUGAAAUGGCCGGUGCAAUGUUGUUUGAGCGUGCUCAAGCCGCCUGUUUGACAAAUCGCAGCGAGGGAAUAUCCUUACUCAACGAGAUUGUAUCCAAUCCUAAUGUUGGAGUGGCCGAAGAUGACGAAGAGAGCAUCCGCAUCAAAGAACAGGGCAUCCUGCAGCUUGGUGAGCUUUACAAAAAAGAGGGUAAUGCUAGAGAUCUCGCUGAGCUCAUAAGAGCAACUAGACCUUUUCUCAGUUUUAUCAGCAAGGCCAAAGCUGCUAAACUGGUGAGAUCCUUGGUUGACUUUUUCUUAGACUUGGAGGCUGGUAUAGGAAUCGAGGUACAACUUUGCAAAGAAUGUAUAGAGUGGGCAAAAUCAGAGAAGAGAACCUUCCUCCGACAGUCUCUGGAGGCGAGGUUGAUAGCUCUUUAUUUCGACACGGGGAUGUACACCGAGGCAUUACAACUGAGUUCAGCUUUGUUAAAGGAGCUGAAGAAACUCGAUGACAAGCAGUUGCUGGUUGAAGUACAGCUGCUUGAGAGUAAGACCUACCAUGCUCUGAGUAAUUUAGCUAAAGCUAGAGCAGCUCUGACCAGUGCAAGAACUACUGCGAAUGCUAUUUAUUGUCCACCUAAAAUGCAAGCUGCUCUAGAUUUACAAUCUGGAAUUUUACAUGCUGCCGAUGAACGAGAUUUCAAGACUGCCUAUUCUUAUUUCUAUGAGGCAUUUGAAGGGUAUGACAGCGUUGACAGUCCCAAAGCCCUUACAACUUUAAAGUACAUGUUGCUGUCAAAAAUAAUGCUUCGUACACCUGACGAUGUCCAAGCUAUAAUGUCAGGAAAGUUAGCUGUUAAGUAUGCUGGCCGCGAUUUAGAUGCUAUGAAAGCUGUAGCUGAAGCCAGUCACAAGCGCUCACUUGCCGAUUUUCAAAAAGCGGUAAAAGAAUAUCGCCAAGAGUUGGAGGACGACCCCAUUGUUCGUGCUCAUCUUGGUUCUCUUUAUGAUACUAUGCUUGAACAAAAUCUUUGCCGAUUAGUUGAGCCUUAUUCGCGUGUUCAGGUUGCUCACAUAGCGUCAUGUAUAGCAUUGCCAAUUGCUCAAGUAGAAAAGAAACUGUCUCAAAUGAUUCUGGAUAAGAAAUUGCUUGGAGUAUUGGAUCAAGGUGAAGGAGUGUUGAUUGUAUUUGAAGACGCACCACCCGAUGUUGAACAUCCUUGCGUAGAUUCGGAUUCUUCGAAAUCGCCUUCAGAUAUUCUUUCUGAACUUCGCAGUCGAGCAACACACUGCGGUGACUCCCAGAAUCUCUUAGCUGCUUCGUCGUCUUCAUACACUCCGGGUAUAUGGUCUCGAAUAAAUUGCUCGGGAAAUUGUAAAAGAUUGAACGAUUGGUCAGGUUCUACGGAGCGCUUUUUUCGUCCCGCAGCGAGAACUCCAACAGGAAUGAGAGCUGGAUUCGCAGCCAGUGCUGCUGCCGCGCCAAUUAACGCGACUCCUGCCAGCGCUUUCAAAGCUACAGCCUAA